CUAGGUAGCUACGUUCCAUCUGCGGCCUUCCAAAGAUACUGCCCAACUGCCUGUGAUGGAUCACCGGCUGUACGGCGACCCCUCCGCGAGCAGCUUCUCUCCGCUGGAGGCACAGAUCUUCUCCGGCCAGCUGCCGCCGUCGUCAACGCCAUGGCCAAAUCUCGACGUUGACCUCGCCCUGGACCUCGACGUUCUCGAGGAUGACAUCGUCCGGGAGCUCUCUGCUGGCACAGUGGCAAACGCGGCAUCGUCAGGUUCCGGCUCCGGCGCCCACAAGAAGCUCAGCCACAACGCGUACGAGCGCGACCGCCGGAAGCAGCUCAACGAGCUAUACCUCUCGCUCCGUUCUCUCCUCCCGGACGCCGACCACACCAAGAAGCUGAGUAUUCCGACGACGGCGUGUCGAGCGCUCAAGUACAUCCCCGAGCUGCAGAAACAGGUCGAGAAUCUGGAGAAGAAGAAAGAGAAACUGGCUAGUGCCAACUGCAAACCAGGGGUACUGAGCGUGACCGGCAGCAUAGCUCCAACUGUGUCCGCUACUUGCCUCAACCACAAGGAAAUCAUGGUUCAGAUUAGCUUGCUGAGAGAUACAGAUGCUUCUACAGCUCUACCUCUUUCCAAGUGUAUAAAUGUACUGGAGAACGAAGGACUUCAGCUCAUCAGUUCAUCGACUUCCUCCACCUUUGGGAACAAAACGUUCUAUAACCUCCAUCUUCAGAGAAGUCAAGGAGCACUAAACAUGGAGUGCCCAUCGUUUUGUGACAAAUUGGAACAAGCCAUCAUGGAAGCAGCGGGACUAUAUCUGCAGCACUAGAGGAUUAUUGUUCUUAACUAUCAUAAAUAAAGAUUCCUUAAAUAGCUAUGAGAUGCCUGUAGCAUGGGUGCUGCGUA